AUGGCAACCAUACCAAUUAUCGUGAAGCACCAGGGCAAACGUCACGAAGUCGAACUCGACCCGGCGGCAAAUGGCGAGACGCUCAAAUACCAAAUGUACUCCUUGACUGGAGUCGAACCCGAAAGACAGAAGAUUUUGGUCAAAGGAGGCCAACUCAAGGAUGAAGCGCCUUUGUCCUCUCUCAAUGCGAAAGCGGGCCAGACAUUUAUGAUGAUGGGUACCCCGUCAGGCGGUCAAGCCGCUGUAGAACGACCAAAGGAGCAAGUCAAAUUCCUGGAGGAUAUGACCGAAGCUGAAGCUGCCGGAAUAGAGGGAGCUACUCCUGCUGGCUUGCAGAAUCUGGGAAAUACUUGCUACCUCAACUCCACCCUGCAGACCUUGAGAAGCGUCCCUGAGCUUCAGCAAGAGCUUCUAAGGUACCGACCCAGCGCAGGCUCUUCCGCAAGCUCAAGGCUCUCGGACCUCAGCAGCCUUGGCCUUGGUGGUCUCGGAGCUUCUAUGGACAUUGUAUCCUCUUUGCGGGACUUGUUCAAACAGAUGUCCGAGACUCAAGAAGGUUUCCCACCACUGCUAUUCCUCAAUGCCCUCAGGAGUGUCUUUCCUCAGUUUGCUCAAAAAGACAGAAACGGACACGGUUAUGCUCAGCAAGACGCUGAGGAAGCUUGGUCUCAGAUUGUGACUCAGCUCCGGAGCAAGCUCAUGAUCAAAGAGGGAGAAGCAGACUCUGCUGCAGAGGUCUCUUUCGCGGACAAGUAUCUUGCUGGCAGAUUCGAAUCUGUCACGGAAUGUGAUGAUCCAGCAGCUAAGGAGGCUGGAGAGCAACCAACAGAAAGCUCCGACAUCUUCUACAAGCUCGAUUGCCACAUCGGGAAAGAAACAAAUCACCUACAUGAUGGCAUCCUGGCCGGUCUCGAAGAGAAAAUUGAGAAGCGUUCUCCUACAUUGGAUCGUGACGCCGUCUACACCAAACGUUCUCGCAUCGCCCGGCUACCAAAAUACCUUACUGUGCACUUUGUUCGCUUUUUCUGGAAGCGCGAAACGCAGAAAAAGGCCAAGAUUAUGCGCAAAGUGACUUUCCCUGCCGAAUUAGAUGUGGUGGACUUUUGUACGGAGGAGUUGAAGAAGCAACUUGUCCCCAUCAGGGAUAAAGUACGAGACAUCCGAAAGGAAGAAGUCGAUGUUGAGCGUGCCCGCAAGCGUCAAAAGGCUGCUCAUCAGCGGGAGGAGGAACUGAAGAGAGCUGCCGAGUCUGACGCAAGUCUGGAACCCAUGCAGAAGAAGCAAGCCACCGAGGAGAAGAAAGAGGCUACCAAGGGCGGGGAGAAAGAUGGAGACACAGCUAUGACUGAUGUCUUCAAAACUGACGCAGAUUAUGAGGCCGAGAAGAAUGCGUCGAUCCUCGUCGCAAAGAAAGAGUUGUCCGCCCUGGUUAGCCCAGAGAUUGCCGCAGACACUGGGUCGAACAAGUCUGGCCUCUAUGAGUUGCGCGGAGUCAUCACGCACCAGGGCGCCAGCGCCGACAGCGGGCACUACACAGCUUAUGUGAAGAAGCAGCCUAAUAGUAAGGGUGAAGAUGACGGAAAAUGGUGGUGGUUUAACGACGAAAAGGUCACGGAGGUGGAGGGAGAGAAGAUUGAGACUCUUGCUGGUGGUGGUGAAUCACAUUCUGCUUUGAUUCUCCUGUACCGCGCUGUUGACUUGCCCACAGCCGAAUAA